CUAGUUAGUUUUCGAACUGCGGGAAACCGUUGAGUGUUUACCGAGCUGUCUACUGAUGUUCAAAGUUGUUUUUGUUAUUGCUCGAUAAUUCGUUUAUUGUUACUCUUGAUUUUUCAACUUGGUUGACUCCAUGCAUUUGAAAUAAUGAAGAACAAGACAAAAAAGGAACUGGAGUGCGAUAUUGAGACACUUUACUCGUCUCCUGACGAAGAGAAAGCCUAUUUCAAGAGGUUAAACACUUAUCUUCACAACUGUCGAACGAAAAUAUCCCAUAUUUUGACCGAAGAGUUAAGUAAUCGUAAAGGAGCUUCGAACAAAUUAGAACAGAAUGUGGAAUUGAUAUCACAAUUGUCAAAUGAUACCAGAAACCUGGAGACUAAGCUUGACAGUCUACUUCUGGACCAAAAAGUAUUGAAUAAAAAAAUUGCGAAUGCCAUAGCAUUGGAAAAAACUCUGACUGAAGAAACCAAUCAAGAAAAAGCUCGCAGGGAAGCAGUGACACUCGAACUGGUUGAUUUACAACAGGAAUUAACAAAACAAAAGGAAACGAAGAAGAAGGAGUGGAACGCUAUCAAGAUGGCAAUGGCAGUAUACAAAGAGAAAUUGUCCAUUCACCUGGACGUCCAGCAUCACGACGACCACGACACACUGACAGUGACAUUCUUCCUCAACGAAAAUCCCAACAGAGACAAUUAUUACGUAGUUCUUCAGAAUUUUGGUGGCGCAUGGCGAGUCUCGAACAUUCAACCACCACUGAAAGACAAGUAUCUUACUGAAAUUAAACUGAAUUUAUCAAGAGAUUACGAGACACUCGAUAUUGCAAGAUUCAUAUGUCAAAUACGAAGUACUUUCUUAAAAUACUAUAUCAGCCAUAAAUAAUACUUUAUUGAUUCGAAUGAACAUUAAGAAAUACUCAUAUAUUUUUUUAGAAGAGUAAAGCCUUUAUUGAUAAAAAUUA